AUGGCUUCUCUCCGUCAUCCCGCUCGGGUGUCGCAGCCCUACCGACUGUCUUUCUACAAUACUCCUGGACUUACUGACGGAGCCAAGUCGAUCGACUUGGACUACAGGGAUAGCCACAACCUCACACCUCUGGGCCGCGACGAUAGCUUAGAAGGGAUUGUCGUAGCGGUUGACGAUAUAGAAUCAGAUAACGGGCAACUACUACACGAGUACUCGGACUCAGAAGCACGUUCGAGCUCCUCCAACGCGGACACCGCCAACGCCACCAAUACAGACCAAAGCGACGCGUACGAUACCGACAACGAACACCCAGAGACUGUACUUCAAAAGGUCUUCUCCGAUCUACUCCUGGACCCGGACUGGCCGUACAUUCUGGACGUUCAGAGAACUAUCGAGCUGGAACCGAGCGACUGGGAUCAGCUUGUUGAAGACGUGCUCCACCGGGACGACGACCUCUACCGCCUCUUCUCCUUCCAAUACGACUGCGAUCGCCGUGUUCUCAUCAUGUCUACCCCUACCCUCCUUCACGAGAAGGUGUCCAACUUCAUGGCCUCUAUCGUUACUACGCGCUACGGCGAAUCUUACGUCCUGAAAGUGCCUGGGUUGCAGGGCGUCCUAUCUGCCGAGACGAAGAGGGAGUUCGUCGGCCCUCUUCCUGCUCCUAACGACCCUUCCAGCCAUGUGCGAAGGCAGAUCGGGCCUGCGCUGUUAGUCCCUGACGGCGCUGUAAUUCUGAGCUUCCCGGACCUUUUGCGCUGCAAGAACAACAUUCUGCGGAGCAAGUACGGUGAACACGUAGUCGGAAUAUUUGAGAAGGGUUUCUACGAGCCUUGGGAGCAUGUUCUGUAUCGGUUCGGCCAGUACAGUGGUCCCAGGACGUUGAACCAAGACCCUAAGGACUUGCCCGUGUUCAUGAUGACGAUCAAGAUCAUCGAGCAUCCGAAGUACCACUCUCCAUUCCCCUCGAACAAGCCUACGCCUCCACAAAAGAAAGCGUUGCGGGAUCGCUGGUCGCCGAUUGAGGACGACACGCUGUGCAUGCACGACCCUGGCGAUCCGAAGGAGAGGCUGACUGGCAAAGUUACCAUCGGCGAGCACACGUUCUGCGGGGAGCUCGAGGCGUACCUGAAGUUACAAAAGAAGUACGAAGGCGCUGAAGAACAACAACUCAAGGAGUUCACGAGCCUCUGGCAGACGGUCUUCUCGAUGUACCAGUCUCGCCUCUGGGAGAAGGGAGGUAAUGCUUGGCAGGCCUACGACAAGGCCCAGAAGGAUGCCGGCGUCGACGUGUACAAGCAGGAGGGCGUCGCCGUAGCGUGGAACGAUUUCAUGCGCAGGGCUCCGUUCAGAAAUCCGGGAGCACAGAAAGCGAACGUGGGCGAAGUGCCGGUGGACGAGUUCAUCAAGUUCAUUGAAGCCGGUGCGGUGUCUACGGCGAAGCAGCGUUUCGAGACCUUCAAGAGGGAAUGCUGCGGGUACUCGCCGGAUCCGCCUGCUGCCGAGAUAGACGAGAGCGUGGACUUGCUGGACGAGAGCGAUGCGCACGACCAGUACUUGAAGCGAAAGCUGGAGCAGUGGGAGGAACUGCACGAAGAGCGCGAGCGCGAGUUGAAGCGUCAUCGUGAUGUCUCAAACGAACCGGAGUCUGAGUGA